UACCGCCAGUGUGUAGCAUUUUAAUUCUUUUAGCAAGCGAUAUUGAAAAGCUGCCUUUGAUAUUGGCCUCUUCUUCCCUUUUAUAAUUUUUAGCAUGUCUUGAAUCCGUUUCGUCUUCUUCUUUUUUUAACCGAUUUUUUUUUUCUUCUUUCCUUCUUUUGAGGCUCAACUGUUGGUUUGUAAUUCAAAGUCCCAGCCACACAAGGCUUGUCCGGGAGAUCAAACGAGUUGCCUGCAUGGAAGAGCCGGUCAACAUCUUGGACACUUGAAUUUACCAGUUUGUCCGCGACUCGUCAUGCCACGCAGAGUCAGGAAGACGCCGUGGAGUCGCACAGGGUGCAGCACCUGCAAGCGCCGGAGAAAGAAAUGUGACGGCCAGAAACCAAAAUGUCAGACUUGUCUUCGGCUGGGCCUGGAGUGCGUGCAGUUCGACAUCUUCUGUCCCAUCAACGUCGUCACGCCGACUCGCGAUUCGCGGCCGACCAGAGCAGUGACCGACGGCGAGGACCAGGAGGAGUCGAGCCCGUCCUCGUCGGGGUCGGCUGAUGACGCGGAUGUCUCCAGCAAUGCGGCGGAGUCGUCG